UCCAGUUAUAUGCGGGUUACCGGAAAGGGCACAAAGGUUUUAUUCAUUCCCGGAGGGAGAUCGUGACUGGCGGGUGAUCUUGUCGGAGGACAAUCUUAGGGGUUCUUCUUUGUGGUGUGAGAUUCCUAUUCGUACCGAAGGUAUUGUUCAUCCACCUAGUCGUGCUCGAUUUCGUAUUGCUCUAUUAGCUAGAGCUUUGGAAAUUCUAAGGCAAGGUCGUGAAGUGGAAGGUUUUCCAUUAUUAUUUGAAUUGACCCCUGCUGAGCGCGUAUUUGUAGACCAAGCGAUGGCAGACCUUCCAUUCUACAAACCAAAAGGCAGUCGGGCUGCGUAUGAGCGCAUCCAACAGAAGAAAAAGAAAGUUAUGGUUAGCUCAAGUGAGGAACCGACGACUGAUCUCUUGGACGCGGUGUCUCUACCCUCACUUGUCGGGAGGGGCAAGCGAUCCGCUUCAUCCGUCGUCUCUGAUCAGUCUGGUGGCUCAACCAUUAUGAAGUUCCCUGUGGAUGCUGCUGCUUAUACGCCUUGUGCUCCGCUGCUUGAGGAUCGUGCUCGGUUGGAUGCUGCUGGCUAUGACUCGGCUAUGGAGGCUAUCGUUUCCCAUUCAUUUUUGGGUACACGGGGUAUCCUUUACUUGGGAGACAAGGUGAAGGAGCUUGAGAAACAACUGACGAAACUUCGUGCCGAGCAGGUCGACUGUAGGAAGGAGAAUCGUGAUUUGAAGAAGUGCAAGGUCGAAUUGGACAAUGUGAUUAAGGGCUUGCGGGAACAAAUGGCAUCCCAUGAGCAAGAUGCUAGGAAGCUUCAUGAAGCACUUGAGAAUUUGGAGGCUGUCAGUGCUCGGGUGAGGGAUCUUGAGUCUGAGAUCGUACAGUUGAGGAGUAUGAUGGAGGAUGUUGGGUUAGAGGCAGAGGUCUUGACUCGCGGUGAGAUUUAUCAAGAGUUUCGUGAUGGUAAGUCGGGUGAGUGGGAUAUAGAUAGGUGUAUCCUUGAGAUGGAGAAUCUGUUGCAAUAAAGGGCUGAGAAGGCUGUUGCUAUCCAGGCCCAGGCGGCUGCCGAGGCUAAUGAGUUAGCCGAUACUCUUGGUCGAUUGGAUGCCGAGGAUGCUGCCGGCGUUUCCCAUGGUUCCACUGAUUCCUGAUUGGUGUUUUAUCUUUAUCGUUAUGUAGACUUGCUCAAACUUGAUAUGUUUGGUUGUAUUUGGUUUUUUCAAGAUUAUCUGUACGGAUUUCUAUGUUGAUUUGUCCCCCAGUUUGGGUCUUAGUUGA